AUGGUUAGGCAUAUACUAUCUACUGUCCAUGUUGUUCCCCUUCUCUCUCCACUUCUCCAAGGCUGGGAGUCUGGUCCAAAGAUAAGUGCACCCUCCCACCCUUGUCCACCAACCUACAAGGCCCAAGAUCAGACUUUUAAAAACAUUCUAGAUCAGAAACACUUGCUAGCAGCUAGAAGAUAUUUUCCACAUCUUUAUAUGCCUGUUUGUCCCAAAAAACUUGUAUUACUAUAUUUGGAUCCACCCUGGACCCUGAACACAGUAGCCAAUGUGAUCACCACCAAUGUCUAUAUUUGGAAAUGCAUCUGGGACCCUGAAAACAUUCUCCAAAUCAUCAUCAACACUAAAAAGGUGUAUAUUGUACAUACCAAGUCUGGGGAUGAACAAUUGAAAGCUCAGGAUAACACAGGGAAUUGA